UUUUUUUCAAAUGUGUCCAUUUAAUGUACAUAGUGGCAUAGUUUUCCUAAAACAAGCAAACAAACAAACAAAUAAAUAAACAAACUAACACACAAACAACUUUAUAAUUAAUCAGUGACGUUGGACUCCAUUUAGUGGGUAUCUUUGUCUCACAUCUCUGAUAAAAAAAAAAGGAGUCAUCUGGAUAAAACUCAGUGGCUGAGCUGCAUUUAUCACUGCAGAUAUUAUACGGAAUAGCUACACUUGCAGUGCGCCAUGUUCCCGCCAUUUGUUAAGGAAAGCUGGGUCAUAAAAACGAUGAGACACGGAGCUCAUCCAUAUUAGAAGAGUCUUUAAUGAACUCGGAUCGUCAAAGACACUCCUCCUGCUCUCGGCUGCCGCUGCUCCGCUCCGUGGCCAGUCGACGCGCGGGAGAGCCUCCGUAGCCCCCAUCAUUAUCAGUAUCAGCAUCGGCGUGAAGACAAAGAGAUCCGUGCAAAUGAAGAUGUGCUGCAAUAGCAGGAGAAGCCCGUCAUAAAGUCACUCUCUCUGCAACCGUGCCCGCCCGCCCGCAGGCAGACAGGCACCGGUCCUUGGAGACUCUUUGGGGAUGCGCAAAGAUGUGAGAGUAAAGAGCGAGGGGCGUUGUGAUUGGCCGUACUCAUCCUAAAAGCAUCAGGCACGGCGAGUCAUGUUUGCUCCAACCGGAGAAUCAGCGAGGUGGCAUCAAACUUGAAGGAGACGUGUUCACAGUCUGCAUGGUCGAUGUGUUCACGGCAUCAACCGUAAACUUACAUCAUCUCCCCAAAGAGGCGGGCGCGCUUUCCGCGGUGCUGAAACAGAGACUUGGCUGAUCAACUAGUGAACAAGAGGAGGACGCACUCACUUCGUCACCUGCUUCUCGGUUUCAUGCUAUCUGGGAGCCUUUGUCAGAACCUAUCACAUUAGCGUCUGAUUGUGCUGCAUCAUGCUGUGGAUGAAGUGGAAGAUGAUGGUGGACUCCCUGCGUGGACGGAGAAGGAGGCUGCCCUGUUCCCUUUGGUUCGUCCUGCUGUUCGCUGCUGGAGGUCUGGUUCUCUUCAUCCACCAGCAGGACCUGUCAGAGAUGGUCCAGCAACAAGGCCCAGGCGUGAAGCUUGGAAGCACUCCGCGGCAGUCCAGAGAGACUCUUUCUACUCAAGACCGUGAGAGAGGCAAGUCUGACAACUAUCAAGAGCUCCAAGCAGCAGAAGGUCUCCUGUCCAGCCCAAUCCCUCCAAUGCAGUUCCCUCACUUCGAGAAGAGCAGACAGACAGCCACCCCUGGGUCUCGGGAACAGGACAUUGGCUCUCUUCAUGUCUCCAAAAGACAACGCAAACUACUGAAAACAAGUCCCCCAAUCCACAAUACCAAAAAUAAUGUUUCCUCGUCUUCCUUGACCUCAGUUUCCUCCUCAUCCUCAGUUUCCUCCUCAUCCGCAGUCUCCUCUUCAUCCUCAGUUUCCUCCUCAUCCUCAGUUUCCUCCUCAUCCUCAAUUUUCUCCUCCUGUGCCUCAGGCUCUUUUUCCCCUGAGAGCUGGAAAAAGCUCUCCAGUGUCCUAGAAGCUCGCCAGCAACUGAUGAAGGAGAUCUGUGCCAAGUACAAAAGCAGCAUUUCGAAGACCAUCACACGCCAUCAUGUGAAACAUCUCUUUGUGGAGGACAAGUACAAGCUGUUGUACUGCCAGGUGCCCAAGGCAGGCUGCUCCAACUGGAAGAGGACGCUGAUGGUACUGGCAGGCCAGGCCUCCAAUACUCAGAGUAUUAAACAUGACACUGUCCACUAUGGAGACCAUCUAAAGAAGCUGGAUAGUUUUGAUCGACAGGGAAUCAUGCACCGUCUGGAAACCUACACAAAAGUCAUGUUUGUCCGUGAGCCCUUGGAGAGAAUGGUGUCAGCCUACAGGGAUAAGUUUGAGAAUCCUAACAACUACUACCACUCCCUGUUUGGGAAACCCAUCAUCUCCAAAUACAGGGUGAACCCGUCUUGGGCAGCCCUGAAGACAGGCAACGGAGUCACAUUCAAGGAAUUUGUCCAGUACCUGCUAGAUGUCCACCGGCCUGUCGGGAUGGACAUCCACUGGGAGCAGGCAAACCAGCUGUGCAACCCCUGCCUCAUAGACUAUGACUUCAUCGGCAAGUUUGAGAACAUGGAGGAAGAGUCCAACUUUCUCCUGCGAUUGGCUGGGGCUCCACCCAACCUCACACUGCCCAGUUUUAAAGAUAGGAACCCAAGUGACAAGAGGACCUCAAUGCAGAUAACAGAAAAAUACUUUUCACAGGUCAGCACACUGGAGAGACAGCGAGUAUAUGACUUCUACUACAUGGACUAUCUGAUGUUUAACUACUCCAAGCCUUUUAAAGAUUUAUAUUAACUGACUCUUGUCAUGAUUCUUGAAUCACAGUCACAUUCCACUUCGUCUACAUCUCUACCAUGAUAGUAAUCUUAACAAAAAGAGGCUCACUCACUUGCUUACAUCGCUCUUUGCAUUUAGAGGAAUCGGAGAGACCAAACUUCCUCUGAAUUUCACAAAAGCUGCUUUUUAUUACCUUUUCACCAGCUUAUCUUCAUUUUUAGACAACUGUGGGAUAAAGCAAUUCAUGUGCUGUUGAAUUAAAUACUCUAAAUUGUCCUGAAAUGCAAGGUACUUAUUCACUACUAGCAAACGGUGAGGUAGAUUUCAAAAUCAUAACGGUCAAGCUUCUAAAAACGUUUGUUAUUGUUCAACAGGCUUUAAAUUAUGCCUUACUGUGAGUCAAAUAGCAUUUGCAAAUGCAGUUUAUGGUUUGAUUGAACUUAGACACCACAUUUUAUUGAGGGUUCAAUCACAUUCCUAAAUUUGGAAGGGAUCUCUGUAUGCAGUACAGAUUAUUGUCUGCGCCCCUUUGGAAUAACACGAUUUGUAUACAUAUAUCAGCUUUAGUCCUUAGUUGAUCUCAUUUUGUUCAAAUUAGCUCUAUUGUCUUAAUUUUAAAUAUCUGCAUUUACUAUUUGACUCCCAGUAGGUCAGGCAUCAGUAUACCUCUAUGUAUCAGUGCAUACUAAUACAGAUAUUUCAUGUGAAUGGCUUUACUAAUAUAAACCAUAACAAAAUGAACCACUAUAUAAAUAGUAUAAUGUGUCAAGUGCUGCCCACUCAGAAGCUGUGUGCACUUAUUGUAGCAUUUUUAUACUUCUAACUUUGUGGGUUAGUUUUGUGCUUUAGUCUAACAUAAACAUGUGCAGUAGGUCCUCCAUCACUAGAGUUAUUUACUUGGGCUGUUCAGUGCAGGGCGUACAGGUACUAGCAGGGUACAAAAUGUUGCUGCCAAUAAAUCUUAUGUCUGUUACUGUUACAGACUUUCAGAUCACUCAGCUGCUCUUGAUAGCACUGGAAAGCAAAUAAGCAAAAGUCGACAGGUUCAAAAUACACAAAGCAGAUGUUUAGAUUUCAAAAAUGUAGGAUUUGGACUUACCAGCAGGAUGAGGAAAGAGCAUGCCCAAACCUGUCCAUCCACCACAAUAAACACCUCCCUGAACAGCUUUCACUUACAGAUCUCACACUGUCAGCAACUCUGUCCCCUUUGUACAAGUAUCACACCUAUUCUGCACCACCAUAUAGGCUUUUUUCUGACUCUACUGUGUAAAAUUGUAUAAUGGGCAUUCAGAUGACUAUAUAUUUUUCUAUGUAUUUCUAAAAUAUAUAUAUUCAGUGCUUCUUGGUGAAGGUAUGUUUAUUUCCUUUUUGAUGUCACUUAUCGUUCUUUCAGUAAUACCAGUGUAGAGUGUUGUGUAACUGAAGAGUUUCUUUCCAAAAGCAAAAUAUCCACCAGCUGAAAACCACAAGAAAACUCAAGAAACUAAAUGACUGCAAAAAUUUGAUGUACCACUGAUUGAUGAAUUGUUUCCACUUGGUGCUUAGGAGGUAGCGAAAGAUUUUAACCGAUGAAAAUGGAUAUAGAUAAUUUUGGAAAUUAGCUCUUUGAUUACUUAUCCCUGAUCUUUUUGGACUCUGAAUAGGAAAAUAGACCCUGUAUAGAGGAGCUGCAUUUCACCUAGUUACCUAUCCUGGCUAAUGACAUUUUUACCCAUAGCAACAAGCUGUGUGUGUGUGUGGUACUGAAUAAGCUCUAUAGAUGUUUUAAACUCUUUUUUCCAGAAUCUUUUUAAAGCAUAGAGUAUAUACACACACUGCUAAACAAAAAAAGAAGAAAAAAACUCGCUGCAGCUACAAUAUCCCAAACUGCUAUACUCCCAAACCCAACAUCCAACUGGCAAGUCAUGAAGAAAUUUUUGCAUACGUAUGUCUUGAUGCAGGUCAGACCCCUUAACAACGUGCAUUAAUAGAACCUGCACAGACACUGGAGGUUGUUAGGGACUAAGCAUUCAGAGAUUGUUAAAUUAGGGACCAAUACAAUAGGAAUCAACAUGUCUAUGAUACCUCAUAAUAUGAGGUUAAAAGAAAUUGAACCUCUGAUCAGACUAAUGGUGUAAUGUAGAUCUUCAGUUGGCUGACUUGAGACCCCAGAUACGGUCUUUUAAUUGAAAAAAUUGAGUAUACAGAUCAGCUACUACAUUAAAACUGCCUGCCUUACAUUAUGCAGGCUCACCUUAGCUCUGACCCAUUGGACCAUGGACCUCUGGGUGUGUCCUGUUGUGUGAGGCCCCAUUGAAUCCUUGGAUUCCUCUGGGUUCCAGGGCGGGGCCUCCAUGUUUCAGACAGUACAUACUGUUCAGUCUCGGCACUCUGAAGGCUUUGGGCUCUUGGUUAUGUUCCUUGAGCAGGUUUGAUGAUGAGGCAAGGUGCACUGUCCAUUUUCAUUGGUGGAUGGUACAUGUCAAAGUACAUCCUGGCAGGACUUCACAUGAUAACAAUAAUAUUAAUUAUGGCGGUUGGUGGCUUUAAUGUUGUGGCUGAUGGUGUAAAACACCUUUUCUCACAGCUUGCUGUAGUGACAAAAACAUGCUAGAGUAAUAAAGAAGUGGUUAAAUAUGAUGACAUAAAAAAACACCUUAAAUAUACAAAACACAAAGUAAAAGAAACAAACUCAAAGUCAAUCUUUGUUGAUGGGAGUAAAGAUUCAUUUGAUCUAUUGUGGUGCUGGAAACAACCGAUGGCCUCCUAUAAACUAGUAGUCAUGAUUAACCUAUAUGUUUUGCAGCUCACUGGAAAAGUGUUUUAUGUUAACAAAAUGAUUUUCUAAAGAGAUGUGUUUGCCUCUGGGAAAAGGGAAAUCCACAUUAUUUAAAUCUAUACACGCUAUUACAAUUUUGAUGGUAUUAUCCUUUCGCAGUGAUGGUAUUUGUAUGAAUGUUUGUCAGUAUAGUGUUGGCUUCUGCAAUUCCAAAAUCUAACCUUUCUUUAGGUUGUGGUCAGAUUCUAUGUAGUUGUAGCCAAUCUCUGCCCAAAUCAGCUACUGCAUUAUGAUGAGUAUAUACUCUUGCAAAUACUGUCAGUCCCUGCCCCACCAGCUACUAAAGUUUUCUUGGUAUAUGGGUGUAAGGACAGAUUUAUCAAAAGCAUAAUUACAGUAACAAGUGAAUGUAUAACAGUUUACCGUUGGUGCAAAAGUGUAUAAAAGAUGAUCUUAAGCCCUUUGCCUUAUUUUACACUGCCAAUCAAAUGGUGUAUUUCAGGAAGACAUUUUUCAGGUGGUUAUUUCUGGCUGAUGAGUGUCUACUAAUAAAUUGUCUUUUAGCAUUUUCA